AUGAGGAAGCUGAAAUUCCCGCUCCUGUUUCUGUUGGUGCUUCCGUUUAGUAAGGGGGGUAGGUACAGAAGGUUCAUAGAAUGGGGGGCAGACCUCGCCCCUGGAUCAUUUUGCUCUUCACGGCAAUCGUCUCCGUGUUGUUCCGGGAGAGACGACAACUGUACGGUGGAGAUUCUCGGGAGUCUUUGCUAUUGUGACGUGUUCUGUAACAGAGCAUCUAAUGACUGUUGUCCAGAUUAUGCUAGCACCUCUCAGGGCAUCGCACCCCCAGUCACAAAAGCGGGAUGUGUAUUUAAUGGUAAGGAGUACAAACCCAGCGAAGUCAUCAGGGAUAACUGCAAUGUUUGCACGUGUUCACGGGUACAGUUAUUUCGCUACGACUGGGUGUGUUCAAACAAUUCCUGUCUGAUCGACUUGGAACGAUUUAACAAAACAGCACAAAACUUAGGAUGGAAAACUGCAAACUACACUCGUUUCUGGAAUAAAACGUUCAUUGAUGGAAUCAAAGAAAAUGUUGGCAUAGCAACCGAAAGCAAAGCUCAAAACAUGUCUUCGCUUCAGAAUAAAGUACAGAAUGAUCUCCCGGCCUUCUUUGACUCUAGGAAAAAGUGGAAGUCAUGGAUACAUCCGGUUCGUGAUCAAAGAAACUGCGCAUCUUCCUGGGCGUUCUCCACAGUAGACGUUGCGGCAGACAGAUUGGCGAUUGAAUCCAAAGGAUUACUGACCAAUCAGCUUUCGCCUCAGCAUCUUCUGUCAUGUGACACAAGGCGGAAACAGAGAGGAUGCGAAGGAGGGUCUGCAGAAAAGGCUUGGUGGUUCAUUAAACGAAAAGGAAUCAUGACUGAGGAAUGUUAUCCUUAUAACGUCACUCAAUCGAACACUUCUGCCAACAAAUGUCUGGACAACUUGGACACAUGUCCGAAUUCCAACUCUUCCACAUCCAAAAUUGUCCUAUACGUCACACCACCGUACAGAGUUGGGAAAAGUGAAGAAGAAAUUAAAACAGAGAUAUAUAAGAAGGGACCAGUACAAGAAACAUAUCUUGAACACUGUUCGGCUUAUGGAUAUGUCAACCUGCCAGCUGAUGCUUUCUAA